AUGGAUGAGAUGGAGGAGAAUGGGCUUGAGCCUAAUGAGGUUACUUAUAGUGUUAUGAUUGAGGCGUAUUGUAAGGGGAAGAAGUCCGGGGAGGCUCAUAAUGUGCUCGACGAUAUGCUUGGGAAGAAUCAUGUGCCGAGUUCGGCAUUGUGUUGUAGGGUUGUUGAUAUGUUGUGCAAGGAAUGGAAUGUUGAGAACGCUUGUGAGGUUUGGAGGAAGCUCUUGAGGAUGAAUUGCAGCCGCGAUGAUGCUGUCACGGGUACUCUUGUUCAUUGGCUGUGUAAGAAGGGGAAGGUGAUUGAGGCAAGGAAGGCGCUUGAUGAAUUUGGGGGUGGUGUGGUUCCAAGUCUAUUGACAUAUAACACAUUGAUUGCCGGAAUGCGCGAGAGAGGGGAGCUCUGUGAGGCUGCUAGGUUGUGGGAUGAUAUGGUAGAGAAGGGUCGCGUACCUAAUGCAUUUACUUAUGAUAUGUUGAUUAAAGGAUUUUGUAAGGUUGGUAACGUGAAGGAGGGAAUAAGGAUUAUAGAGGAGAUGUUUGAAAGUGGAUGUUUGCCUGACAAAUCAACAUACACGGUAUUGAUUGAUGGGCUUUCUUGUGCAAGAGGGAUGGUGGAAGAAAUUAACAAGGUUGUUGCAUUGGCUGUAUCCGCUGGAGUUGAUGAUGACAUGUGGGAUAUCUUCCUGAAAUCUGUUGUAAAUAAUUUAAAUUUGAAUGCAGCUGAAUUUGAUAGGAUAUUGUGCACUUUUCCCUCGGAUCUUUCAACCGAAAACAGUUUAUCCACUGUGAAGGAGAUGAAAGGAGCAUAUGGUGCUAUGAAGCUAUGCCUCUUUGCGAUAAUGAAGGUAAUCGGGUACCCGCUACCCGUGCUCACCCCUAAUGAAGGGGCUGUAAAAGAUUUGGAAGAUUCGGGGGACUCAGAGCAGGAUGUUGACGGUGAAACUAAUCAAGAUGAGCACAGAGAAAGUUAG